CGCGUGUAUUUCUAAUGCCAUGUAGUGUCAAUGUUGCAGAUAACAAUUUUCAGAUUUUUGUUUAUUCUUUCGAUGCACAUUCUGCGAUGGGUUGCCAUUUUUGCUGCUCUUUUAACGCUUCUUUUAAUGAGUGAGAUAACACAACACAGCAUAAAGGACCCUUGAUUAUCGAUAAAAGAAGCAGAGGAGUUCAUUGACUAAGCCAGAUUAAUGGAGCCCAACAAUGUUGAGUACGUAGUGCUAGGGGAAGCAUCUCAACCCAAGACAGAUAAGUUCCAGAAAGUUUCAAUUAUACCUCUUGUUUUCCUGAUAUUUUAUGAAGUUUCUGGGGGGCCAUUUGGUGUAGAAGACAGUGUCAAGGCAGCUGGACCAUUUUUGGCUCUGCUUGGUUUUUCAAUUUUUCCGUUUAUAUGGAGCAUUCCAGAAGCCUUAAUAACAGCUGAGAUGGGUACCAUGUUUCCAGAGAAUGGUGGGUAUGUAGUGUGGGUUUCAUCAGCUUUGGGUCCUUACUGGGGCUUUCAAGAAGGUUGGAUGAAAUGGCUAAGUGGGGUUAUUGAUAAUGCAUUAUACCCAGUUCUAUUUCUAGAUUAUCUGAAAUCUGCAAUACCAGCAUUGGAGAAUGGUUUUCCUAGGAUAGCAGCAAUUUUGGCUUUGACUGCUGCUCUAACUUACAUGAAUUACAGGGGAUUAACCAUAGUAGGAUGGCUUGCUAUACUCUUAGGAGUGUUUUCCCUUCUUCCUUUUGUGGUUAUGGGCAUUGUGGCUAUCCCCAAACUUGAGCCUUCAAGGUGGCUUGUGGUAGAUUUAGGUAAUGUGAAUUGGGGUUUGUAUCUAAACACUCUCUUUUGGAAUCUUAACUAUUGGGACUCAAUUAGUACUCUUGCUGGAGAGGUGGAAAAUCCUAGUAGAACUCUUCCAAAGGCUCUUUGUUAUGCAGUUAUCUUGGUUGUAUUAGGGUACUUUUUUCCUCUUUUGGUCGGUACUGGAGCAGUUCCACUUGACCGUGAAAGGUGGUCUGAUGGGUAUUUCUCAGAUAUUGCUAAAGUUUUGGGAGGUGUAUGGUUAAGAUCUUGGAUCCAGGGGGCUUCAGCUUUCUCAAACAUGGGCAUGUUUGUGGCUGAGAUGAGCAGUGACUCCUUCCAACUUCUGGGGAUGGCAGAGCAUGGGAUGCUUCCUGAAUUGUUUGCCAAGAGAUCUCGCUAUGGAACCCCUCAUGCAGGAAUUUUAUUCUCUGCAUCUGGUGUGAUCUUGCUCUCAUGGUUGAGCUUUCAAGAGAUUGUAGCUGCAGAGAACUUCUUAUAUUGUUUUGGCAUGAUUAUGGAAUUUAUAGCAUUUGUGAAAUUAAGGUUGCAUAACCCUGAAGCACCUAGGCCUUAUAAAAUACCUGUUGGGACAGCUGGAGCAAUUUUGAUGUGCAUUCCUCCAACUUUAUUAAUUUUGGUGGUUUUAGCACUUGCUUCUCUCAAAGUCAUGGCUAUUAGCAUCACCAUUGUACUUCUAGGGCUUGUCAUGCAACCUUGUCUUACUUAUGCUGAGAAGAAGAGGUGGCUCAGGUUCUCUAGUAAUGUUGACCUUUGAGACGUCCAUUCCACUUACCAUGGGUGCGAUGCACCGCAAAUGAUAGCCCAAGUUUUCUUCUGAAGAGCCAAAUGCAAUGAUAAUCUUUUCAACUGCUUCAUUUUAUGUGUACUUGAUAAUUUUCAUACGUGAAUUGGAUUGCAAAUGCUUAUGCGAGGCCAACAACUAAUUAGGACAUGAGUUUCAUGCAUACAUGCAGCUGUUCCAAAAUCUUCUUUCUAAUUGAGGUUUUUGAAUCUUGUUUUCAGAUGA